AAAAAAAAAAUAUUUUUCUAAAUAAAACCCAUGAAGCAGCAACAAGACAAUAGCAAUAGAGACAACGACGACAACAAUGAUAAAAUUCUGAUAGAAAAUAAAUAUGCUUCACUGUUGACAUUGAUUGACACCAUUUAUCCUCCUCUGCUGUGUACUUUAUGUGAUGCAGUAUUUACUUCUAAACAUGCAUCAAAUCAUCAUUUUGCUGAAAAGCACAAAAAAAGGCCUCGAUAUAUCUGUAUUCAUCCUUAUUGUGAUAGGCGAUUUUUGUCUAAAUGCGCAUUGCGAUUUCAUAUUUCACGCUCACAUUUGGUGAUCCAAGCAAAAAAACCUUUACCAGAUCCUUCUUUUAUUCAGUAUGAAUCAAUUCAACCUGAUCCUGUGGAAGACAUUGAAAAGCCAGUACUAAAGAAAAAGAAAGAGACGCCACCAAAACAGCACAAGAAACCACCUACAAAAAAACUGACUCGGAAAGUAAUGAUACCACCACUUUCCAGUGACGAACUAUCGACUCCCUCACCACCUCCUUCACCUUUUGCUCUAUAUCAUCAUCAUCAUAAAAGAAAUGCUAACAAAAGACCUACACUUUCUGUCAAAGCAGAGCAAUUUCUGAAUAGCAUUUACCCUCCUCUUCAAUGUCCUAGUUGCAACCAAGUGUUUGCCCGAAAAACAAAUGUGAUCAAGCACUUGGCAGAAGCACAUAUAGGACAAGAGCCCUAUCGUUGUAUUUAUCCCUCAUGUAACCACCCUCGACUGUAUGCCACACGAGAAGGCUUGGUUUACCACAUUGUACAUGUUCAUGACACUCAAAAAUAAAACAGUUUUAUUAUGUUGUCCAUUUUAAACAUCGAGUUUCCAUAUGCGUAGAAAGGCAUUGAGUCGAACAAUACUUCAUGCCACAACGCAAACAUCUAUAGUUGCUUGAAAAUCCGCAUACAGAACAAAAGUUUCUUGGUGGGUAUAUAGAAGGAGAAACAGAGCAU